CUGGCACGCUCUUCCGACAGCAGGUUUCCCAGCUGCUCUGCCUCUCCUGCUUGCAGAUGAGACAAACCCCUAUGGAAGAGCAGUAGGGUUUUGCAGAGGGACGGAGGCCCGGGCUGCGCGAAGGUGAAGUUGUUAAACACCAAACACCAUCUGCAACAAGGAGGAGGGGCGCUUGCAUUGGGUUCUUGCUGCCUUUUCUUUGCCUCUAUUAACAGAUUCUCUCCCUAUCUAGUGCAAACAAUAACAGGGGAUAUUUGGGGGCAUGCUGUACAUCAGCUCUGGCUUGGUGACAGCAGGGUCCUGCUCCAAGCAAGUGCCUCUGACUUCAGGGAAGAGGUGAAUGUUUUGCCCUGGCGAAACUGUGCCUGCUUUUACACUGACCUCGCUCUUGGGUCAGCAGAGCUUUGAAAUCUCUCCUUGGCAGCCGUUUCCCAUGCACCCUGUUGCAGCAGGGCAAUGCCAGAGGAUAAGAACCCAAAUGUGAGAAAACACCAGGAGACACACUGUAAACCAAGGCUAGUGAGUCCUACACACCGUGGUGCUGGAUACAAGCGCCAAGAAUCUCUGGCAUCAGCCUCACCCUCUGCUUGCUAUUGAGUCAGGAGUAUGAAGGCGAAUGGCAAGGGCAAAAAGGGGUUGGUUUUGUGGGCUGUGUUUUCUGAUUGGUGUCACUUAAUGCUGGGUUAAAAGGUUUGCUUUCCAUCUGCUUGUUUUCCCUGAGAGCCAGCAGGAGUGUUGUGUGUCUUUUAUACGGGGGGUCAUUGGAGAACUUGUUGAAGAUCUCAGAAUAGUGAUACAUCAUUUACCCCAGAAUUUGGGGCUUUUUAACAGAGAAGUAAAUAUAUGGCAGAAGAAAACCGGUUUGAUCUCCAUUCACAGUUCAGUUCACAGCUGCCUGGACUGGCUCCGUGAGGGUUUGGUUGCUCUUAAACUUCAUCUUCUGUAGUUUCAUGGUCUUGUUCCUGUCCCUGAGAUAAUGUCCUGGAAGGAGGAGCACAUGAGUCCACCCCCUUGUUUCAUCCAGCGACUGGACCACCUUGUGUUGACUGUGAAGAGCAUUGAGGACACUGUGGCCUUUUAUUCCAAAGUCCUUGGCAUGGAGGUGGUCACUUUCAAGGAAAACCGCAAAGCUUUAUGUUUUGGCUGCCAGAAGUUUAACCUUCAUGAGGCUGGGAAGGAAUUUGAACCCAAGGCUCUAUGUCCGGUCCCCGGUUCUGCAGAUUUUUGCCUUAUCACGCAGACCCCCCUGGACCAGCUGCUUGAACACCUGAAGGCCUGCGGGGUGAAGGUUGAAGAAGGUCCUGUGGCCAGAACUGGUGCUAUGGGUCCAAUAACAUCCAUCUAUUUCCGAGACCCUGAUGAGAACCUGAUCGAGGUUUCUAGGUACAGCACAGACAUGACAGAUGUGACUGCAGUUAGUGGAGGGGAACACUAACCAUAACCUAUACUCUGCCUGAGUCACAGAAAACAGAGGCCAGGAUUUUAAUGGCCAGUUUACAUUUGUUUUACAAACCUAGAACAAGACUCGGCUUUCAGACCCACAGAGCAAUGAAAAAUAGGUCUGCGUGAACUUUGAGAGCUAUCCCUCAAUCCUGCUUUUAUAAAUCUCUGAUGAUGGAGACUUCAUGCCCUCCCUGGAAGAUCUGUCCUGCUGCUGCACUACUCUUGCUGAGACAACAUUGUUCCUAAUGUCUGAAGCCUCUUUUUCUGCAUAUGAAACAUGUGAUUUUUGCCCUGUUCACCAUGAACCCAGAGAACUUGUUCCUUUCCUCUUAAUAGCCAGUUUUUUACACACCGGAAGAUUUCUAUAUCUCCCUUCCUCUCAGCCUGCUUAUAGCAUGACCCAGACUAACUGGCACUGGUGGCUCUAACACUAAGUCACUGGUUUAAAUCCAGCUGUGGCUAUUGAAACUCACCUCCUGCCUGGGAAGGGGGAACUGCACCUCAGCAUUUGACACAUGAAGCACUUGUGAGGCUCUGUGCCUCAUAUUCAGCACUGCAUACAUACUUGAAUAGUUACGGCCCUUCUGUCACCCAGGCAAGGGGCAAAGUAGAGACAAGGUGGCUGCGUGGAGGGGAUGCCCGUUAUCAAGUCCUACUCACAACCCCUGAGUUCCUCAUAGGAUGGUGAACAUGUGCUGGACUUGAACAUGCCCUUUUGACCCAUGUAGGAGAAGACAGGGAUCACAGUCUCUAUCCUGCCUCAGCCAAGAACAAGCAGAAUUCACUUGCCCCUUGCCUCCUAAUCUGGGUGUCUGGAGAAGCUGCAUGUAGGUGCGUUCUGGGAUCUUGAUGAACUCCUACUCCAGGUGCCUUCAGCACAUGCACUUCACAGAGCUCUUCUCCUUCCUUCUAUUGCUUUCACACAGAGCAAUUUGCACUCAUUCAGCAUUCAGAUAAACCUUAACAUUUCUAAUGCGUUCGCAAGGAGAUCAGAGAACCAUUCAUUGAUACUGUGAGCAUCAGACCCUCCUUAGCAGGUAUUCCAGCAGAGUCAGAGAUGUCUUGAAUCCCUCUGCCCACCGCUCUUAACAGGCCUGGAUAUACACGCAGAGAGAUCUUGUCUGUAGACCCUAACUUGACCUUCCCAAAGGCAUAAGCAGGAUGGAGUCAUGAACAAGAUUAGCUCUAGUGUUUGGCAUUCUUGCUUUGUGUGUCUAUGGGUGAAAGUGGAAAGCUGGUCCUGCAACAGUCUGGUCAUAUGCAGGCAGUGAUGAGUACUAGGUUUCUUACUCGGUCACUUUUCUGGAAUAAUACAGAUAGAUAUCAUUUGUGGUGGUUCCUCCACACAGUGUUGCUCUGAUCAACUCUGAUUUCCCCUUCCUCUGGUGUCAAGUACUAUAUACCUUUUACACACAUGCCUCUAGGUCAUGGAGACCUUCCUUGGGGAAGCAGGUUCCCUGUACACUCUCCAGGAGCUGAACAGAGAAUCUCGGUGUUUUGUAUUGCCACCUUACUUGCAAAAUAAUACAUUUAGCAUAUUUCCAGACAGCAGCAUGAGCAUCAGACAGAACCACUGAAGUUACGAAGUUCACUAAAGUCAUGGAUUAGUUUUCCUAAAUUUAUUUCUUAGUUAGUUAAAGGGAUCUAAUUUUUG